AUGGCCAAAAUCCCAUCGGUAAAAUGGCGAAAAGCUUUAAUGGGAAAAGAGAAAGGAGGUCUAGGUAUUGGCUCUUUGGAGGAUAUGAAUAAAGCUCUAUUAGCUAAAUGGUGUUGGAGGUAUAAAACUGAACAAGGAGCCUUAUGGAUUCAAAUAAUUGAUAUUAUACAUGGUAAAUAUACGUGUAUGGAAGAAUCAAGGACAGUUAAGUCUAGUUUUACCUGGAGGCAAAUUGUGAAACAAUGGAAUCUCCUUCAAUCUUGGGAGUUAGACCCCAAGACAUUGAUUAAAAAACAGAUAGGUAAUGAGAGGAGUACAUUUUUUUGGUAUGAUUGGUGGAUAGGAGAGAGACCGCUAAAGGAGGAAUUUCAGAAAUUGUUUCAUAUCGAUAAUAAUCAGAGAGCAACUGUUGAGGAUCGAAUAGGGAUUAAUGGAGGCUCGUGGAACUGGCAGGGGAUAAUUAGAGAUGGUAGAAGUAAGAAGGAGCUCGAUAAAUUAAUGGAGAAGUUAUCCUUUGUUACUCUAUCGGAGACAUAUGAUUGUUGUAGAUGUCAUGGUGGCCCUAAGGGGCAGUUUACAGUGCUUGGAUGA